CAGGAAGACCUGUCAAUUCCUUCCAAAACCACGACGAGCAUAACUUGUGGGCGCUUAAGGAAAGGAGCCACACAAGUGCUUUUGUGAGCAACACCCGCACAAAAAACAACAACAGAGAGCAUUGCGACACGAGACUCGCAGAACUGACCGACGUGGGCGCCUCAUCAGCCCUCCAUGCUGGUGCAAUCCGGCGGGUGUUAAGAUCCAUGGAAGUGGCCGGUUUCUACGACGAGGGCGGCUUUGCUAUCCACGCGAGAGACGGCAUUAUCAACCCCGGCGGCUCUUACUGGAGGCUCGGCGACUCGAUGACGGAGUUGGGCAUCGAGGAGCGGGAGAGAGCGAUCGACUUCAGCGUCUACUUGGACCCGGCGGCCGUGCACUGCCCGCAGCUGGCGGCCGGGCACUCGCACCCUCCGCAGGGCGACGUCUUCUCCGACUUUCUGGCCGAGAACAAGCUCAAGAGAGCGGCCAAUUUUAAGAACUACACGCUGCUUAGCGAGCUGGACGCGGCUCAGCGAGACGGGCCGCGGGACCCCCGGGGGGUGCCGUACGGGCUCGGCUACACCGACCUCCAAGAGACGCGGGUGGACAGCGUGCUUGCCUCCGAGCUGGCCCGCUACCGAGCCGCGGGAAGAGACGACAGCCAGGAGGACGUCAAGGUGGAAAACGGCUCGUCCACUUUUGACAUGCGCCCCUACCUACAGUACCAGUCGACCGGGGGCAGCAUGGGCAACAUCUCCACGGCGUCCUCCACUUGCUCCAGCCCACCUGGAACCCCCGCGCCGGCGGGUCAGGGCAGGUCUCCGAGGUCUCCGUCUCACGGAGGCAAGCUCUCCAGCGGGAAGGCGAAGAAGCGCCUCGACAAAGACAGUGAGGAGUAUCGGCAGAGACGCGAGAGGAACAACCUGGCCGUGCGUAAGAGCCGCGACAAAGCCAAAAUGCGCAACUUGGAGACGCAGCACAAAGUUUUGGAACUGGCGGCGGAAAACGAUCGUUUACAGAAGAGAGUGGAGCAGCUGUCCAGGGAGCUGGCCACGUUACGCAACCUGCUCUCGGCCACUGGCCAGUGUUAGACGCCCCCGGCCCAAGCUGCUUCCCUCCGCGGACUAAAGAACGUUGUUCGGAGGGGGGGUGGUUGAAGGGGUCGUGUGGGGGUGGCGGUACGAUACGGACAGUUUACAAAGACACAAAGCAUUGAGACUGAAGAAGUGGCUCGCGCGCAUUGCGCAAUCACUGCAUUCUUUUGGGGACACCUUUGCUUUUUUCUCCUCUAAAUGUGUGUAUGCAGUAUUUGUGUGUAGGUUCGACAAAACACACGAGUGGAUUUCGACACGAACGUACGUGUCGAAGUGGAGCAGCGGCUGCUUGUCGAGCGAAGAGUUGUGCUGCAGUGAAAUGAUGCAACUCUUCGUAAUAGUAUGGGCAACGGAUGAAAUAAGUGGAAUUAUUUAAUGUCGACGAGGUGAAAUGAAUUAAUUGUACUUGAUAUUUUGUGAAAUUAAAUAAUUUCUACUUUGGUCUAAACAUUUUCACUGGCACGUCUUUAUUUUAGGCUGCGUUUUUGGACGACUGCUGUGAAAGAUCAUGUCUGCCAUCUUUUCAAAAACUGUGAAAAAAAAAAACAACACAAGCACCGUUUCCUGAUUCAUGCAGGGGGAAAAAUGAUCAUACAGCUCUCUUAAUAAAUGACAUUAAAUGAA